AUGAGAAGGUGCUUGUGCCCCAGUGGCCUCUUGCGAACUGGCCGCGGGUCAAGAACUUCACUCCUUCCUCCUCCCCUUCCAUCUUAUCCCGCCCUAUCUCGCCUCCAUGCUCAGUCAAUUACAACUAAGAGCAAUCGCCUGCCCGAAAGGCAGCUCAACAAGCUCCGGCACAAGGAGCUCCAGCUGAUACUUUCAUACAACGAAUUACCACCCCCUCCAGCAAGUGUGAACCUGAAAGGCCAGAUCAAGCAAUGGAUCCCAUCUCUCAGGAGGGCUUUAACGGCCUCGAGAGAAGCUUUCGCCGACAAACCCCAGACGGCUACUUCACUUUUGGAUCACGCUAAGGCUCUCGAAGGAGGUUAUAAUGUGAGGGCGGUAUUAUAUCAUGCACGAACGCUUCGAAAUCUCGACCUUCUCAGUUACUGGGGUUUCUACAACGGACGGUGGCCGCUAGCGUACGCUGCUCUGGGCAGUCUUGUCGAUACAUACGAGCUGCUCAUGCCUCAUAUGACUCCUCGGCAGAUGCUUUCGGAUUCAGCAUGGCAGGAUCCUGGAAUGUCGCUAGAUGAAUUGACUGGCAAGGGUCACGAUGAUCUUAUAACCAAACGCCAGCUAAUCCCGAUAUGCCCGCCUACACACGAGACCUCUCUUCAACGGAUAACUUCAUUUCGACCAGCUGUGAGAAAUCUAGCAAAUACCUUCCUCGAGGAAACAUUCGUCAAUCUCGGGUUAUUAAUAUUAACAGCCGCGGAUCAACCGGCUGAGAAGGCUGAUAUUGCAAUGUCCUACAUUUAUCGUUUACUUGCUCGUCUGCACCAUCUCGAUUUGAUAUCCGACAGAGUCUACCAAUCACCGAAUAGCCACUCCAACCAAUAUUCUGUCCGUCCCCCGGGGCUCCAUUUGCUAUCGGGCCAUAUCAUGAGCGUUCUUUCCGACGCAGCAUGGGUCGAACAUGAAGCUGCACUUGCAGAUGCAGCAGCCGAAGCUGGUGAAGAUCCCCCAUUUGUUCCUUUCAAAGUGGGAGUCCGGGAAUUGGGUCCUGAGAUUUGGUUUGAAUUCAUUCUUUGGUGCUGCGUUGAGCACGGUCUCAACAAAUCCGGUGCUUGGUUGGUCGAACAAAUGAGUAAACGACAAGGCAACUUGUCUUGGAAGGUCGAGAGCUGGGCUCCUCUCAUGCAGGUUCUAGAUGUUGUGCAACAGACUAACAUUAGUCUGGAAAAGUCAUGGCGACGUGCAGACCAUAUAACCUCAAUUGAACCCCGCAAGGGCCAAAGGAAGCCUCCCUUCAACGGACUCGGUCCAAGGACAAUUAGUUCUGAGGUCAUUUCGGGUCUACGUGUUGGACUGGCUAAUAAUGCCCAUAAUACAAUUGGAUUCCACGGGCUCUCUCCCUCCAAACUGCUUAAGCACUCAGCCCCUUUGAACGCUUUGCUUGAUCCUCCGGGCCCCAAAGAUGAACUGCGCCCUACCAAGAAGGUCGCUACCGAGAACAUUGUCCGGAUUCUAGAGUCUGGUUGCUUGGUGGCCAUGGAAGAUCCAAACACAUUCGAUAAAGUUUUACGAUCCACCCAGAGCUUGGUACCGCCGUGGGAAUCCAAGACCGUUCCCUCAACAGAGGAAUUGGAUCAAAUGACAAGAGCACAGCUAUACGAUCAAACAGCGGCUCUGGCAGGUCUUGUGGAAUACAAUGUUCAGAGCUACAGCUACAAGGGCCAGGCUAGCACUGCCUUCAUCCAAUACUCUUUGCUUCAAAAUAUCACCGAUGCCAGCAAAGCCCAACACAUCCAAGCCUUCUUCGAGCGUCUUAGCCAGGCUCCAUCGACUGAUGUAGAAUUUUUUGAUUCACAGCAAUUCGAUUCGCUCCAGGUUCAACAAUCGUCCCUUUCUCAAGUCUCAAUCACAACACUCGCCCAUCUUCUUGAUCUUGCCGCUUCUACUCGUGCGGAUACUUUUGGAAAUUGGCUGCUCUUCAACGACGAGCUUGAUGGCCCUGCUAUCCCGCCAACUCUUUACGGUAGUCCCGCGCUCGCUCCAUCCAUACUCCGUUUUGCCUCUGCGACACAAAAUAAGGAAUUGAGCAAGAGCGUCAUCAAGUCACUGGAGAUGCCACUCUCCGUGAAUACCCUCAAAGCCAUGGCUAAUCUUCAUAUCACCUUCGGGGACUGGGAUCGUGCGAUUCUGGCAUUUGAAUACCUGCGUGAUUACAGACCAAAGUCUUGGGGCUUUGGUAAUAUCAUGAUGCUGGGUGCGAAGAUUGUCAGGCUUGAGGGUGCACUCGCGCGAAGUCGCGCUAAUUGUGCCGAUCCGGAGGUACAAGCGAAGCUCACUCACAGUUUGUCUCGGGCUACGGCUUUCCUACGUCGCUUCUUUGACGGUGAAUUCAAUACCUCCCGAGGCAAAAACCCACCGGACGAGGGUAUGUUUCGCACUGUCCCUGGGGCCUUAGCGCGUGAAGCAAAGAUGGAGCUUAAACAUAAGUUCAGAAGCCGUGACAAGAUCGGCUAUAUCUCUUCCGUGUCUUUCCAUAUCCUAUUGUCGGCGAUCACUGAGGUUCGCGGUGCUCAGGCUGGCAGAGACCUGCUUUUCAAGUGGUGUCAGAACCUCCCCAAUCCAGCCCUCUGGCGUAAAAAGGAAGGUGGUGUCACCCGAAUUGCAUUGCGCGGCGAACGUGACUUUGCAGAGAGUGAUCCAACCUACUAUACUCAGUGGCAUCGACAUGUGGCGGAGAAGGCAGUUAUUCCUAACUUGAACACCAUCCGAAUUCUUGCGCGAGUUGCAAGUCUGGAGUUUAGCAAGGAGCUUAUGAACAACUUCGACCCAUCAUCUCCGGGAAAAGAUCAUUCUGCUCGCAGCUCCCUAUCCAAAUCCACCUCAUCAGAAUCACCCGCUUCAUCCUCCCAAACAAGAACCCCCAAAGUUGGGGAUACAUUUAAACAGGACGCAAGAUACAGAAUUGGGGUAUCAAAGAAGAUUUUCCAACAUCAAAGCGCAAAUGGCGGUCUCCCCCCUUCAUCACCAGCUGAGGAGAUCCUCGAUGAAUGCGUGAAUCUGUUCCUUCAUGCCGGGAUGCCAGAAGAGCAAAUCGAUUUCGAAAUACCAGGUCACCUAUCACGUCUACAGGCUCGUGAAGUCCUAACUGGUCGUCGAGCGAAGAGAGUUCGCGAUCGAUUCAAGGAGAUUCAAAACGGGCCUUGGAUGAAUAACGUUUUGAAAGAACGGUAUACCUUCUUGAAACCACGUUCUUCGAGAAAACCAACGCCGGAAGAAAUCGCUCUUCGUGACUCCCCUCGACGGGGCUCACUAUCUUCGGGGCAUGCAUCUGCCAGUGGUGACCGGUGA